AUGUCUGACUUCAUCCGCAGAGCAUCGGACGCCUUCCAUAAUCGUCAGCGUCAAGGCUCAACCGACUCAACAGACGCACCUACGUCCCCUAAUGCAGCAAAGCCGCCUCCCGAUCAAGAGGCAAUGCGUCAGCGGUCCGCGUCUAUUCAGUCUGACUCCCACGUUAAUGAGGCAUUUGCUGGCACAGCAACGAAUAAUGUUGACCAUCCGAAGUAUCGACGCCUUUGGGCCCGUGACCAACAAGGAAAAAGUCCCGAGACAAAGCAGCAACCCAGUGACCAGAAAAGAGACAAUUUCGACUGGAUUUUUGGCACGUAA